UUCUUUCUUGACAUUUUAGUAUGUUUAUGUCAUCAAUGGAAAGUUUUUUUCCGGAAUGAAUGUGACUCAUGCACAAAAGGUUCGAGAACAAAGGGAAUAGUGUGCUCAACUUAAAUAACCUGAUCAUGAAUAUGCAAGGAAGAAUAAUUCUCCAAAAAUAAGGCAAUGUUUUUGCCAAAACAACGACCUUUGGAGCAGUCUUUGUUUUAUUUAUUAUUAAUGGAGUAAAUUUUGUAUUAUGGAAAAUUGCUCAACUUGGUCUUUUUAUGCACAUUCUUUGUGCUAAGCACUAAAAUUGUUUCUCCAUUGCCGAUUUUGUAACAUUUGGCUUACCAGCUUCUUGUAAAAAUUGUGUAAUCUCAACUUCUUGCCCUUGGCUGAAUCAUAAGAAUGCUACAACAAUCUAUAAUUUACUCAAUCGUUUGGAAAAAACCAUGGAGAUAACUUGAAUUGAGGUCGGAAGAGUCAUUGGUAUUUCGUAAUGAUUAAACUGGGUAAAUGGAAUUAAACUGAGAGAAAUUUUUUAAGUAAAAUAUAGUCACAACAUUUCAUGUACAAUUUAAGAAUAAAACUCAGCAAUGUCGUCUUUCUCUUACUUCCACCAAUUCUCAUGCAUCUUUUUAAAGAUUAUGGAAGAUUUGUCAACCCUGGAAUUCAUGUUAUUUGGUUCUUAUUGAUGAUCGUAGGGAUAAGUAGUGCCUAUUUUCAUGCAACUCUGUCGUUAAUAGGACAACUUUUGGACGAGUUGGCUAUUUUGUGGGUAUACAUGGCAGGACUCUGUAUGUUCUUCCCAAGAAGAUAUUUUCCAAAAGUUUUUCAGAAUAACAGGAAAUUGUUUUCCAUGUUUAUUACUUUUCCAACAUUAAUUGCUACUGGCUUAGCACUCGUUCAUCCUGCAGUCAAUGCAUUUGCAUUGAUGAGUCUUGGCAUUCCUGCGUUUGGAUUUUUGAUCAUUGAACUGAAAAGGACAAAAUCAAUCAGAGUAUAUCGACUGGGUUUACGAUGUGGUGCUGUUUGGAUCUUGGCUGUUAUGUGUUGGUUAAAUGAUCGAAUGUUUUGUGACAUGUGGCUUAAUUUUAACUUUCCUUAUUUUCAUGCUCUCUGGCACCUUCUCAUCUUUAUCGCUAGUUAUACAGCUGCUGUGUUGUUUGCAUACUUUUCUGUGAAAGAGGAGAAACCUCAGCAGACUCCAAUUCUCAAAUACUGGCCACGAGACGAUUUUGAACUUGGUAUACCUUAUGUAACCAUCAGGAGUUAUAUUAAAUUUGAUACUAACUCAAAUAUCUAACCUGCAUUAUUGGAAUAUAUUAAUAAUCACAAAAAUGAUAUAUGUGCAUUGUGCACAUAUUUGUUAUAUCGAUAAGAGCACUGUGCUUUGCCAUGACAUGUAACCAAAUGUCAUUAAGAUCUAUUUGAAAAUUGAAGUGCACAUCCCAUUUGGAACUUGUUUACUAGAGAACAGAAUGAGCUCUUCAAUCGUUCUAAUAGGUCGAAUAUAGGCCUUAUGGACAUAAGCACAAAAAUUACAUUCGAUGAUAUAAACUCGAUACUACAUUUUAUACGAGUCAAUAAUUUACAUGAAACACAGGGCAUGAUUGAAUACAUAAUAAGAACAAAAAGUUCCAAUAAAUAACAUUAGGAGUAUGAGAAACUCCAAUAUAUAAAUUAGUGGUAAAUAUGUCACAGAAAUAUAGUGAGUAAUUGUUAAUUAUUGUUUAAAACUGAAAUUACACUUGUAGCUUAACAUUUUUUAUAACGACAAAGUAUACUAUUAAGUUUUGAAUAGGCGAUCAAUUUGGUAUGAUCAAAUAAGCAUAAGAAUGCUCAAUUUAAAUACAAGUGCAACACAUAUGAAAUACAAAUUGUAGAUGAAUUUGAGGAUGAAAAUGAGUACUUAUAUGAAUAGAUUCAGUGUUCGGAAACAUUAGAAAAUACAAAAUACUCAAGUAGCAAAGCUGAAUUUUAUACAGAUGUAAUACUCUUGAAGAAAUCCACCGAAGUAUUAUAUAGAAUUCAAUGACUAUAUUCUGUACAUGUAUACCUUAAGAUGAAUCUAUAUUCUAAAUAGCUGUUAGGCAUAUAAGUAAUGAUACAGUGAUAUACCUAAUGUGAUGAAGUUCCAAAGUAUGUUACGUGUAGGUGUAAUUUAUGCAGGAAGAGAUUCAUAUAUAGACUGUAUUACAUUAUAUCAUAUAAUUAUUAUCACACGAUGUAGAUUACUUUCUAUGUACAGAAAGCCAAACAACAAAAAGAUGCAGGUGCAGGCAUUUUGUAGACUGGAACAGAAAAUUUAUUGUAUGUACUCCUUAUACCACUUUAUAAGAUUUUUUUUCUAGUAAUUUACACUCCAAAAUAUAUCCUUACCAAUUU